AUGUUAGAGGACGAAGAGACCGCGGAGUUGUUGAAAAAACUCUCGGUUCCAGGGCGAGAUCGGCCGCCCGGCUCUCGGUCAAUACUGUCCCAAGCUACAACUAAAGAGAAAAUACUAUGGUUCAUAAAGACACCAAUCAGGGCGAUUAUGUGCUUAUCGCUUGUGACAGUCUUCUUUUUAACCUAUUUCGGAUUCAUGAUCCCUGUAAUGUGGGCUCGAAAAAUUUGGCCACGUCUAUAUUGGUUUGUCGAAGGAAAGCUGUAUCGAUGGUUACAGGGCUUCAUCGGAACAUGGGGCUACACAGCUGGAUACGACGUUUUUGAGUAUGGUGACGAUGUGACGAAUUACUACCGUGAUGAGAGAGUCUUAUUGAUGUGUAAUCAUCAAAGCACUGCUGAUGUUCCUACAUUGAUGGCAUGCUUACAAAGCAAAGGUGUUGCGAGUAGAAAGACAUUAUGGUUGAUGGAUGUGAUGUUUCGGUGGAGCCCAUUCGGGAUUGUUGGUAACAAUCAUGGAGAUUACUUCAUAAUGCAAGGCAAAGCAACUCGAGAGAAAGAAAUNUUCCAGCAUCUUCAAGAUGUGUUUUGGGAUCGCGAUCGUCGUUGGGUGAUCGUUUUUCCAGAAGGAGGAUUUUAUUACAAACGUGUGGAAAGCAGUCAACGUUAUGGGAAGUUGAAUGGAUAUCCUCAUCUUAAGUUCACGACCUUGCCUAGGUUGGGCGCAGUGAAAGCUAUUUUGGAGGAGUUAGGCCCGCGUGGUGACGAAAACGAUGAGCCGAGGGAGCGUAGCUCCAGCAAGUUAAAGCUCAUCACAGAUACGGUUGGAGCGAUAAGGGAGAAGAAGUAUGUCAAAGAAACUCGUCCUCCUAUUCGGUAUGUAUUGGACGUAACGAUUGCUUAUCCGAAUGGCAUUCCGCUCAGCCUCGCCACGCUUGGAUUUGGCACUCGUGAAAAGUGCGACAUUGGUGUCAACUACAAGAUAUACAAUGCGGAUGAGGUGCCAUUUAAUGAUGAGGAGAAGCUUCGUGACUGGAUGUAUAGUGUGUACAAGGAAAAGGACGAUAUGCUCGCUCGAUACUAUGAGACCGGAGAAUUCCGUGCGGGUGAGCGUGGAAAACGUGUUAUCUUCUCAUGGGCAAAAAUCAUCGGUCAAUAUGUGUUCUGGUUCGGAUCAUUCUAUGCUCAAUAUCAGGUUGUUUCCUUUUCUGUAAGUGGUUUCUCGAACUCAUCUUAUGAUGUACUUUCCAGAUUUAUUCCUGGAUCAUCAAACAGAUAUUUUUGA